AUGUCCCUCUCCCGAGGCCGCAUGAGAUCACGCAUCAAAAUCCUGGAUCGCAACGACGGUACAUACCGACCGCAGGGUUAUGACAGAUGGGUGGAUGCUCAGCUCAGCUCAGUCCUCGGGCCUGGGCGGGAGCAGCCAACCGCGACGAGUAUCACUGGCGCCAUCGUGCAGCUCGCGAAUCCGUCGAGAUCCCAUGAGGGUGUCGUGCUACCGACCAAGGCACAGCUGUGGUCGCGCAAGGCAGCAACGGUUGGCCGCAGUGAAGAGAGCGCAAGCAUGCGCACGAGUGCUGAAGUUGGGCACUUUUGGACCGAUGUGCGGGAAGCCCACGGAAGAGUCUGGGGGAUCUUCGGAUCUUCGCAAAAAGGGGCUGUUCUAUUGCCUAUAACAGCCUAG